AUGGCAGCAUUAUGGAUUGUGGGAUUAUUGAUUGUGGCAUCGGCGGCAAGCCAUGCAAAUGCAGUGUCAUGCCCACAAGCCCUGGCAAUGCUGCUGCCGUGCAAAGAUUAUCUGGUGGGGCAGUCGCCUACGCUGACGGCUCCGUGCUGUCAGGCGGCUAGCCAGCUCAACGGCAUGGUCCAUAGCAAACCCGAACUCAGAGACUUGUGCAGCUGUCUCAAGCAAGCCGCCACCUCCUUGCAUGUCAAGGCCGACCGAGCUAAAUCUCUUCCUCAGAACUGCCAUAUCCAAGUUCCUGUGCCUAUUGACCCUAAUGUCGACUCAUAUGAUCCGUACGUGCUUGAUGGAAGAAGCUAA